CUUACAGCGAUAAGUCGCCGCGGCAAAUUUUUUUAUUUUUUUUAAGCAGUGUUUAUUAAUUGUUUCGUGAAGUGAUGACGUCUGUAGUUUUAUCGGCUCCAUGGCCCAACAAGCCGGGGGCUUAUAAAGUUGGAAAAUAUCUGGGUAAAGGUGCUACUGGGGUUGUCCAUGCUGCAUUGUGUAAGCCCCGAAAUGAAACGUGCGCCAUUAAAACAAUUAAAAGUAAAGACAUACUUGCAAAGUAUGCCAAAACUGAAAUCAAGGUGAUUUCAAGGUGCGACCAUCCAAACAUUUUAUCUUAUUACACAUCAUUCCCAGUCGCAAAUCAAUUCUGCUUGGUAUUAAAAUUACUGGAAGGAGGAAGUUUGUUUGAUAUCAUACGGUACAAGAUGAAACACAACGAUUGUGUUGAGGGUGUAUUUGAUGAAGAAACCAUCGCAACAGUUCUAUAUGAAGUAUUGAAGGGUCUGGUCUAUUUUCACGGAAUCGGACAUAUUCACAGGGAUAUCAAGGCCGGUAACAUAUUGGUAGGCCGGGACGGCACCAUCCAGAUCUCGGACUUCGGCUCUGCGACCUACCUUUCUCCACAGGCCACCGAUCAACACGUCAAGCUCUACGAUUAUGCGGGCACGGCCUGGUAUAUGGCGCCCGAGAUGGUCAAAUCAGAAACUGGACAUGAUUUCAAAAUUGAUAUUUGGUCGCUUGGAAUAACUGCGAUAGCGAUGGCUACAGGUCAUCCGCCAUACUACAGCGAAUCAUCAGCGAUUGCAACAUUAGCGACCAUAAUGCACCCGCCACCGACUUUGGACACUGUUCAUGGGGCUAAAGGCAAGUUCAGCUGUUAUGGGACGACGUUCACAAGCAUGAUUAGCGACUGUCUACAAAAAGAUCCAGAUCGCAGACCAACCGCGUUGGUCUUAUUAAAGCAUCCAUUUUUCGCACAGGCCAAAAAUAAGAAGUAUUUGGUAGAGAAGUUGGUGGCUUUUAGCCCGUUCAAGGCCACGAGAAACUACAACUCAGUCCCCGCAUCCAAUUGUAUCGACGCGGAUUCGAGCGAUUCCAACGACGACACUUAGAAUAUGGCUCUACGAAUCAGGCUAGAAUAUAAAUACAUAUAUAUAUGAACUGAAUCUGUGGUAUGAAUGUAAAUAUAAAUGAACUGAAUAUGUGUUAUAAAUGUAGUGGACAUAUUAUAUAUCUCCGGUAUACCUACAUAAGACCGUCAAAUGAGAAAUU